AUGAAGGCCGCGGCGGGCAUCGUAUCGGGCACGUCCGAUCCCGCCCCCAUCGUGGCGGCCAACCGCUUCGCCGAUCCCGUGCGAUGGAGGGUACCUCCCAGCCCACUGCAGCAGGUGUUCUUCACGCAAGUCACCCCGCUGAUCAGCACCGGACACAUCCGUAGGCUCGAGCCCGAGGAUCUGUGCCACCUCCCCGAGCUCGACAGCGAGGACCUCGCGGCCAAGUUCGACAGGGAUUGGGCGGAGGAGCGAAGGAGGCGACCGGACAAGCCCUCGCUGGUCCGCGCGUGCCUCGUGGGCAGCGGCCCCACGCUCAUUUACACCGGUAUCCUCUACGUCAUCGCUCAGGCGACCCUGUUCAGCGGGCCCGUGCUCCUCCGUCUCAUCGUCGAGGCGCUGGAGUGUAGAGCGGCGGGCGGCGCGAGCUGCCCUUCCAACCAAGAUCUGUACUACUACGCCAUGUUCCUCACGCUGGCGGGCGUGGUGCAGAACCUGUGCCAGGCGCAGCAGGAUUACACGAUGCAGCGCCUGGGAGUCCGCGUGCGCAACCGCCUGAUGUGCGCGCUGUAUCGCAAGGUUCUCAGGCUCUCACCCCUGGGCCUGCAGGAGGAGACCACCGGAAAGAUCGUCACCCUGAUGUCAAACGACGUCAACAAACUGCAAGACGUGUUCCAGCUCUUGCACAACAUCUGGGGCGCGCCGAUUUUCAUCAUCGCCGCGUUCGCCAUGCUCUACGACGUCAUCCAGUGGUCCACAUUCAUCGGCUUCCUGUGCAUCAUCGUCGCCGCGCCGUUUACGUUCAUGGUGGCCAAGACGCUGUUCUCCAUCCGCCUCAAGCUGCUCAAAACCGCGGAGGGUCGCAUCAACAUCCUCAGCGAGGUCAUCAACGGCAUGCGCGUCAUCAAGUACUACGCCUGGGAGAAGUCCUUCAAGGAACGCGCUCAGGAGAUCAGGAACAAAGAGGUCAAGCUCAUCUGGGCAUCUCAGAAGGUCGGCGCCCUCUUCGGCGUUGCGCUCUUCUCAACACCGGUGUUCAUCGCGGUGUGCUCGCUCGGGUCCUACUCACUCGCGGGCAACACGCUCACGGCAUCCACCGCGUACACCGCCCUCGCACUGUUCAACAUGCUCCGCUUCCCACUCAUCCUCGUCCCGUUCUUGCUCACCAACUUGCUCAACGCGCUGAGCGCCGUGCAGCGUCUCGGGGCCUUUUUGCUCCAGGAUGAGAACGAGAAGGUUGAGCCGGACAUGUCGGAGCCCGGCCGCGUCCGAGUCGCCGCGGGUGACUUCAAGUGGCCCGCGGAACCCGAGCAACCCCCGUUUGAGUUGACCGGCGUCGACCUCGACCUCGCUCCGGGCUCGCUCACCAUGGUCAUCGGAAGGGUAGGCUGCGGCAAGUCAACGCUGCUCUCCGCGCUCAAUAAGUUCGUUCCGCAGACCACGGGCGACAUGAAAGUGAGCGGGCGCGUCGCGUACGUCGCCCAGCAGGCUUGGAUCCUCAACUCCACCGUCAAGGAUAACAUCCUCUUCGGCCAGCCGUACGACGAGGAAAAGUACCGAAAGUGUCUCUGUGUCUCCCAGCUCGAGGCCGACCUGGAGAUUCUCCCCGCGCGCGAUAUGACCAUGAUUGGCGAACGGGGCGUGACCCUCUCCGGCGGGCAGAAGCAGCGCGUGUCCAUCGCCAGGGCCGUUUACGCCGCCGCGGAUGUCUACCUCCUCGACGACCCGCUCUCCGCCGUGGAUAACCACGUCGGAGCCGCGCUCUUCGAGCAGGUCCUCGGAGCGUCCGGGGUGCUCCGCAAGAGCACAAGGCUGCUGGUUACCAACGCGCUGCAGUAUCUUCCCAAGGCUGACAAGAUCGUGGUGCUGGAGGAGGGCAAGGUUGCGGAGAUUGGUACCUACGACGAGCUCAUGCGCAAGGGGCUUGAUUUCGCCAACUUGAUGGCUGCACACGGCAUAGAGGACGAGGGCGAGGACGCCGACGGCAAGAGGGCAUCUACCGACGGUCGCAAGUCCAUGGAUGCCGGUCGUAAGUCGGUGGACGGUCGUAAGUCGGUGGACGGUCGCAAGCCGAUGGCUGAGGAGAAGCCCAAGGGUCCCCCCGGCGCAAAGAAGGACGACAUGUCCGCCGAGGAGGAGCGCUCCGUGGGCAAUGUUGGCUCUCGCGUGUAUCUGGCGCUGUUCAACGCGACGGGCACGAAGAUGUCCAUCCCGCUCGUGGCAUUCCUGUUCACAAUGGAGUAUGGCAGCAAGGCGUUCUUGGACUACUGGCUCAGCUGGUGGGCAGCGGACCACUGGGGCUGGGAGAGCAACCAAUACCUCGGCGUAUAUUUUGCCAUCUUCCUCUUCAACGGGAUUGCGAUCUUCUUCAGGUCAAUCGUGCUGUACUUCUUCCUGGUCAGGGCAGCGAAGAACAUGCACGAUCAGCUAUUGAACCGGGUCAUCAAGUUCCCGAUGUCCUUCUUCGACACCACCCCAAGCGGGCGCGUGAUCAACAGAUUCUCCCGCGACACCGAGACCAUCGACACCAUCCUCCCUGGCAUCAUCAUCCAGUUCCUGGGUUGCAUCACCAGCAUCGUCACCACACUCGCCAUUGUGAGCGUCGCGACCGGCUGGUUCACCCUCGCUCUCCCUUUCAUCAUGUUCGUGUACAUCGCCCUCCAGCGCUUCUACAUCCCGGCGUGCCGCGAGCUUCAGCGCAUCGAGUCAAUCUCUCGAUCGCCCAUCUACUCCGGCCUGGGCGAGGCCGUCAACGGCGUCGAGACCAUCCGCGCUUUCAGGCAGGAGGCGCACUUCAUCACCCUCGCGGAUGGACUCAUCCAACACAACGCGGACGCUUUCGUCACCCAGAAACUCGCUGCGGCUUGGCUCACCACGCGCCUGCGUUUCCUGGGUACGGUCAUUGUUGCGUGCACCGCGUUUUUGGUGAUUCAGGGUAAGGUCGGUCCGGGCGUCGCCGGUCUGUGCCUGGUGUACGCGCUCGACGUCACCAAGUACCUCGAGCAUGGCACCAACAUGGCGAGCGAGUUGGAGACCAAGAUGAACGCGGUGGAGAGGGUCGUUGAGUACCUGGACAAGCCCCUGGAGUCUGACCACGAGACGGCGCCGAAGGUGAUCCAGGCGCUGCCCACCGCGUGGCCGCGGAAGGGCAAGCUGGUGGUGACCGGCCUGAACAUGAGGUACCGACCCGGCUUACCCCUGGUGCUCAAGGAUCUCACGUUCACGGCGCUCGCUGGCGAGAAGCUGGGCGUGUGCGGCAGGACGGGCAGCGGGAAGUCGUCCCUGUUUGUCGCGUUGUUUCGCAUCGUGGAGCCCGCGUCGGGAACCGUCUCCAUCGACGGCGUGGACGUCUCCACGCUCGGCCUGCACCUGCUCCGUUCCAAGAUGGCGAUGAUCCCCCAGGAUCCGUUCAUGUUCGCAGGCACCAUUCGCACCAACCUGGACCCGUUCGACGAGCACCCCGAGGUUGCCCUCUGGGAGGUCCUCGGGAAGGUCGGCCUCCGCGGCAUGGUUGAGGACGCCGCGAAGAAGCUCGACUACGAGGUUGUGGACAACGGCGCCAACUUUUCGUUGGGCCAGAGGCAGCUCCUGUGCAUGGGUCGCGCCUUGCUCCGCAACAGCAAGGUGCUCAUGAUGGACGAGGCCACCGCGAGCGUGGACAUGGACAGCGAUGCGCUCAUCCAGCGCACGGUGCGGGACGCCUUUGCGGAUUGCACCGUCCUCACCAUUGCUCACAGGCUGAACACCAUCAUGGACUCGGACAAGGUUGCGUUCCUGGAGGCGGGCGCCUUGGCCGAGUUCGGGGAGCCCGCGGACCUACUCAAGGACAAGACCGGGCUGUUCACCAAGCUCGUCGAGCAGAGCGGGAAGAAGAACAGCGAGCAUCUCAUCGGACUGUCCAACGCCGCCAAGGAGAGGAGGCAGAGCGCCCAGAAUCUCCGCGAAGUUCAGGAGGCUGCCGAGGAGGCUCAUCACGAGGGCUCUCCUUAAUUGUUCAAAAACACGCGCGCGCAUCAAAAUUUGCUUUAAUACCAUACAUUACAAAACGUCU